UCUUUUACCCAUCACUCCACUCUUCACUCUCCACUUACUUGAAAUAUAUUUGCUUCAAAAUAUAAGAUAUGGCAAAGUUGUGUUUAGUGUUUGUCUUUGCUUUGAUUCUAGUGCAUGCCAGUUCUGCAGCUAGGAAUGUUCCUAGUCCUGAUCAGACUGUUAAUAGUGUUUUGCCUAAUGCCAACGGACCUAAUGGGAAAGGUCUCAAGGACAAGAAGUGUGUCACCGGCGGUGUCAUUGGAGUAGGCGGUGUUAUCCCCCUCGGUGGACUCGGAGGAGUUGGUGGUCUUGGUGGCGGAAGUGGGCUCGGAGGAGUUGGUGGUCUUGGUGGAGGAAGUGGACUCGGUGGAGGAAGUGGACUCGGAGGAGUUGGUGGUCUUGGUGGAGGAAGUGGACUAGGAGGAGUAGGCGGGCUAGGUGGAGGAAGUGGGCUUGGAGGUCUUGGUGGUGGAGUUGGUGGGUUAGGCGGUGUUGGUGGCGGAGUUGGUGGGUUAGGAGGUGUUGGUGGUGGUGUGGGUAGUGGUGUUGGUGGGGUAGCCGGUGUUGGUGGUGGAGUUGGGGGUGUUGCUGGUGGUGUUGGUGCCGGAGUUGGUGGUGCAGCUGGAGUUGGGGGAGGUGUGGGCAGUCUAGGAUAGGAUGUUGAUGAGAUGGUGGUGGGAUUUUGAUCACCUUAAGAGUUUUACUAGGGGAUGGAUUUAUAUUUUAUAAUGUGAGAGUGAGUAAGUGAGAUUUGUGCUUUAAUUUCUUGUAUCAUUCAAUAUUUUACUCUUGUUCUUUGUUGUGGUUAUUGAUCAUGUUUUCACUUCAUUAGUUUGCUAUUUCAUUUGUAACCCUACUUGUUUUCUAAUUAAUUAUGCAUGGUUUAAUCAAAUGUUUUUUUUAACAUAUACAACAAUGGUUUUAUGAUGGGUGCCAUAACUAUGUACUCUAUAUUGCAUGACUCUAUGGGUCCUAUA